AUGUUAUAUUAUCUAUUCUUAUCUAUUAUUAACUAUUCCUAUUUAUCUAUUAUAUUUAUUAUAUUUAUUAUUAUUAUUAUUAUAUUUCUUAUUAUUAUUAUAUAUCUUAUUAUCUAUACUUAUGUAUUAUUACUUAUUUUAUAUCAUAAGUAUUUUAUACUUUUAUACUUUUAUACUUUUAUACUUUUAUACCUUUAUACCUUUAUACCUUUAUACCUUUAUACCUUUAUACCUUUAUACCUUUAUACCUUUAUAACUUAUUACCUUCUAUGUAUACUUUAUCCACUUAGUGUUUACUUAUUCUUAUAUAUUAUGUUUAUAUACUACCCACUAUUCUGUAUUAUCCCUAGACUCUAUGUAUAUCACUUAGUGCUUAUAUUCUACUUAUAUUCUACUAUAUACAUCUAUCUUUUUAACUUCUACACUAUUCCUUGUACUUUUAUACCUAUAUCACUAUAUCAUUAUAUGUUUAUAUGUAUAUAUGACUAUAUGACUAUAUGUUUAUAUGUUUAUAUGUAUAUAUCACUAUAUACCUAUAUGUUUAUAUGA